AUGAGAGGGAGCGGCGAGACAGCGGCCGGCGGCCGUGAGAGGCCGCCGCCGGCGGUGGGCAAGGCGGCCGCCGUCGGGACCGUGCCGUUUCACCGGCUGUUCGCGUUCGCGGACAGGGCGGACGCCGCGCUCAUGGCCGUGGGCGCGGCCGCGGCGGUGGCCAACGGGAUGGCGCGGCCGCUCAUGACCUUCAUCAUGGGCGACGUCAUCGACGCCUUCGGCUCCUCCACUGAUGGCUCCUCCGACGUCGCGCACAGGGUCUCUAAGGUGAUCGUGAACUUUGUCUAUCUUGCCAUUGGGGCAGGAGUUGCUUCAACACUUCAGGUAUCAUUGUGGACAAUUGCUGGAGAAAGACAAGCAGCCCGAAUCAGAGCCCUGUAUCUCAAGGCUAUUCUAAGACAAGACAUUGCAUAUUUUGACAUGGAAAUGAGCACUGGGCAAGUGACUGAAAGGAUGGCAGGUGACACAUUUCUCAUUCAAGAUGCCAUAGGAGAGAAGGUUGGAAGGUCCAUACAACUCCUUUCUACUUUUGUUGGUGGCUUCAUUAUAGCAUUUGUGAGAGGAUGGCUCUUGGCUCUUGUUAUGCUCUCAAGCAUUCCUCCGAUUGCUAUUUCCUUUGCAAUCAUAACUAAGUUGAGGAUAAGACUCUCCACCCACAUGCAAGCAAAAUAUGGUGAUGCUGGAAAUGUUGUAGAACAAACUCUUGGGGCCAUCAGAACGGUAGUUUCGUUCGGUGGUGAGGAACAUGCUAUAACAAUGUAUAACAAGUUAAUAAGAAAAGCGUAUGAAUCCUCAUUAUUGGAAGGUAUUGUAACGGGACUUGGACUGGGUGCCAUGGAGCUAUCCUUGUUUUGCAGUUAUGGAUUAGCAAUCUGGUAUGGAUCAAGAUUGAUAAUUGAGCGUGGAUAUAAUGGAGGCUCAGUUAUUUCGAUUAUAAUGGCUGUCACGAUCGGUGCAAUGUGCUUAGGUUUGGCAGCACCAUCAGUGACUGCUUUCGCAGAAGGUCAAGGAGCAGCAUAUAGAAUGUUCAGGACAAUUGAACGACAGCCAAAUAUUGACAUAUAUGAUACCGCGGGCAUCGUUUUGGAGGACAUCAAGGGUGAUGUUGAAUUGACGGAUGUUUACUUCAGCUAUCCUACCAGAUCUGAACAUUUGGUAUUUGACGGAUUUUCAUUGCGAGUACCAAGUGGCACUACUAUGGCCCUAGUUGGAGAGAGUGGCUGUGGGAAGUCGACCGUGAUCAGUUUAGUGGAGAGAUUCUACGAUCCACAGGCUGGACAAGUCUUGAUUGAUGGAGUUGACAUUAGAAGAAUGAAUCUUGGGUGGAUAAGAGGAAAAAUUGGUCUUGUUAGCCAAGAACCAGUGUUGUUCUCAACUACGAUCAGGGAGAACAUUGCAUACGGGAUGGAAAAUCUAACACUUGAAGACAUCAAGGAAGCUACCGAGCUUGCGAAUGCAGCCAAAUUCAUUGAUAACUUUCCAAAUGGUCUUGACACAAUGGUUGGUGAACGUGGAAUUCAACUAUCUGGAGGCCAAAAACAAAGAAUAGCAAUUGCCAGAGCAAUCGUGAAGAACCCUAAGAUCUUACUACUUGAUGAAGCAACUAGUGCAUUGGAUAUGGAAUCAGAGAGGGUAGUACAAGAAGCUUUGAAUAGGGUAAUGUUACAAAGGACUACAAUUAUUGUUGCUCAUCGUCUCAGCACAGUGAAGAAUGCUGAUGUGAUAUCAGUCCUACAAAAUGGGAAGAUGGUCGAACAAGGUUCACAUAUAGAGUUGAUGAAGAUACCUGAAGGUUCUUACUCUAAGCUAAUUCAUCUACAAGACACUCAGCAAGAGGCAGAAACUUAUCAUACUGAUCCAAGAAGCAAAAGUUUCUUUGAGAGAUCAGUUAGUAAAGGUUCAUCUUCUAUUGGGCAUAGUGAUAGGCACUCUUUCUCUGCCUCACCUUGGAUACCUGACCCAACAGAGUUUAGUCCUGCUCCGAAUAUAGAGGAUGACAAGACACAUAAAGUGAUGCCAAAUGGUCCAAAGAAAGCUCCAAUUGCUAGGCUUUUCUAUUUGAACAAACCAGAAGCUUUAGUUCUUGCACUUGGUUCUAUUAUUGCUGCAAUGCAUGGAGUCAUUUUGCCAUUAUUUGGCACACUGAUUUCAACUGCAAUAAAGACAUUUUAUGAGCCACCAGAAAAACUACCAAAGGACUCCAGGUUCUGGGCUAGCAUGUUCGUUGCACUAGGCGCUUAUAGUUUUGUUCUGAAUCCAGUAGAGUAUUUCCUAUUUGGAUUAGCAGGUGGGAAGCUUGUGGAGCGCAUAAGAUCAUUGAUGUUUCGAAGUGUAAUGAGCCAAGACAUCAAUUGGUUUGAUAAACCUGAGAACUCAAGUGGAUUGAUAGGUGCCAGGCUAUCGACCAAUGCUGUUAUUGUGAAACAACUAGUUGGUGAUAACUUAGCACUUAAUGUGCAGACUUUAUCAACUAUUGUAUCAGGCCUCACAAUAGCAAUGGUGGCAAAUUGGAAGAUGACACUGAUUAUAACAGUUGUGCUGCCCUUAGUCGGUUUGCAAGCCUAUGCUCAGAUGUUGUUUCUUAAAGGUCUCAAUAAAAAUUCAAAGUUGAAGUAUGAAGAAGCAAGUCAAGUAGCAAGUGAUGCAGUUGGCGGCAUGAGAACUGUGGCAUCAUUUUGUGCCGAAAAGAAUGUGAUGAAAACAUAUGAGAUGAAAUGUGAAUCUCCAAUAAGGCAAGGAAUAAGGGAAGGUGUUGUUGGUGGCUUGGGACUUGGCUUCUCAUUAGCUGUAUUCUACUUUGCGUAUGCUCUCUGUUUCUACGUUGGUGCAAAGUUUGUUCAGCAAGGAAAGGCAACAUUUCCUGAAGUAUUUAAGGUGUUUUUUGUAUUAGUUCUGGGAGCUGAAGGAAUCUCCCGAUCAAGCGCAAUAGGUGCAGACAGUAAUAAGGUUAAUGAUGCAGCCACCUCUGUCUUUGAAAUUCUUGAUUGUAAAUCCAAGAUUGAUUACAGCAACGAGGAGGGUGUGACCAUUGCAAGCGUGAGGGGUGACAUUGAUUUCCAGAAUGUAUGCUUUAGUUAUCCACUGCGACCAAGUAUUCAAAUAUUCAAGGAUCUAUCACUGAGUGUUCCUUCCGGAAAGACUGUUGCACUCGUUGGGGAGAGUGGAAGUGGGAAGUCCACGGUGAUUGCACUGCUUGAGAGGUUCUAUGACCCGGAUUCCGGUAGCAUUUUUCUUGACGGCAUUGAUCUUCAGACCCUCAAUGUAAGCUGGCUUCGGCAGCAAGUGGGGCUGGUUUCCCAAGAACCAGUACUGUUUAAUGACACCAUCCGCGCCAACAUUGCUUAUGGGAGGCAAGGGGAGGCUUCCGAAGAAGAAAUCAUUGCUGCUGCUGAAGCAGCCAAUGCACAUGAGUACAUCUCCGCCCUUCCUGAUGGGUACAACACCAUCGUCGGCGAGAGAGGGAUCCAGUUGUCAGGUGGGCAGAAGCAGCGUGUUGCCAUCGCUAGGGCCAUUAUAAAGAAUCCCAAGGUGUUGCUGCUCGAUGAGGCAACGAGUGCACUGGAUGUGGAGUCGGAGCGAGUGGUGCAAGAGGCUCUAGACAAUGUGGUCAUUGGUCGGACGACUGUGGUGGUGGCACAUCGCUUAUCGACAAUUAGAGGCGCGGAUAUCAUCACUGUCUUGAAGAACGGGACAGUAGUCGAGAAAGGGAGCCAUGGUGACCUAAUGCAGAUAAAGGAUGGCAUCUAUGCUUCACUUGUUGAGCUCAGCUCUAGUUCUCAAUAAUCUCAAACAGAGACCUGGACAUUAUUCACAGCUAGCAUGAUGAGCACCUUCACUUUUGGAUAUGGAAAAGGUGGCUACGCUACUCAAGCUUACAUGAAACAAUGAGUUCGCUUAUGUCUAUGUAAAAUGUCAUUUAAUGUUUGUGAAAAGUUUCAUGGAACAAGGUAUUUGAAUUGUUAAGUUGUACCUGAAUUGUUAAGGUACAUACGAGAUGGGUGAUUUGGAAGUAUAUCUCCAAAGUUGAUUAUGUUUCAUUAUGUCGAUUGAAUGAAAAGAUAUAUUUGGGCCAUGGACUA